CUGAUCAGAUCACGAUCAAUUACGCGCUUUACAGCGAAGAUAUUGCGAUAGUUUGGCGGAUUUGUUUAUAAGUGAGCCAGAUUCGGUAGGAAGUGAAGGAGGGCAGUGGGUACACUUCUAACGUUGGGAAAGUUAUCGUCACAAAGGAAAAGUGGGAUUUAUUCUUUAGCAUGUGAAUGAGCAGCACAACGAAUCAGGUACAACGCUGUACAGGAUGAAGGGGUGUGUUUUAUUCUGCGUCACCUUGGUGACCGUUUUUGGAAGUCUGUGUCUUGUGGAUGCUUGUAAUGAAGCAAUAUGUGGUCCAAUUGUGAGCAAAUGCAUUCUCAUAGAUGCAUGUUCGUGUGACUUUGGAAACUUUACCAACUCCAGGUGCCUUAAAAACUGUACCGUGUGCCUAGACAGUCUGUUUAUGGACUGCUGUGCUUGUGUGGGGCUAUGUAAACCCAAGGAUACGGAGGAGGGUAUGGAUGACUCGAGCUCCGUCGAGGAAUUACGGGAGCCACUCCCCGAACUCUUCAAUGUCCUUACAGAGGAGGAAGAUUUGUUAGCGAGAUGGAAAUCCUUCACAUAUCCUGCCUCUGCCGCCAAACCUGGCAAAAAUAUUCUCCUCAUUAAAGGUAAACGGGAGAGGACCAAACCAGAGUACCAGGAGGACACUAACUGUACGGUGGCGUUCAUGUCAGAAUGUAGCGCCAUGCAGAAGUGCAAGGAUGCUUGCAGGUCGAUGGGAGCUAGUCAGUACCGUUGGUUCCACGACCACGGCUGCUGUCAGUGUGUAGGCCAUACCUGUCUCAACUACGGACUUAACAAACCCCGCUGUUCAAACUGUCCGCCUCCGGACGAGAUCGACGAUAUUGAACAGGAGGAGAAAAUGGUCCAGGAGAUGAACAGGAUUGAUGACCAGGUAAUGGAAAUGGAGGAAGAAAUCAACGAUGAAUUUGAUGAAUUUGAUGAUGAUGACGAUGAUGAUGGUGAUGAUGUUGACGAUGACGAUGAGAAUCCAGAGGUUGAUUCACAAGGUUGAAUGCUGUGAAUAUGUCACAGAACACAACACAAACAUUACAUUUUAGAAAAGCGUUUUCAUUUUUUUGAAAGUGAAACCAUUUAAAGCCAAAGUUAUUGUUGAUUUUAACAAGAGAGUUAUCCUUCUCGUGUAAAGCAUUAUCUCAAGUAGGCCAAGAACAGCUAGGGUAGGACGUAGAAGCCGUACAAUGUAGGCUGUGUUUUACAGAUCUCUCUAGUAGGUUAUGCUGAGAAGCAUAUCUGAAGAGAAUUAUGUUAUGUAAACAUAUGUCAUGUAGUAAGUUACAGUGACAAAAUUCAUUGUAUCACUAAUUUAUCACCUAAAAAUGAAACGAAGAAAUAGUUCAGUCUGCAAUUUCUAGCGUUCGAUACUGGCCUGGAUGACAAAGGAAAGAAGUAGAUUGAAGUGUUAUUAAUAGAUUUGUAGGUUAGUAAGCCAAUCAAGCAUGCCAGUAUUUCACACUGUUGUUAUGUCAUUAGUGAUGUCUUAACUUUAUUAUUAGAAUAAUUAUGUCAUAUUAUAUGCUACCUUACACUUAAGAAAUGAUUGACCAUUUAAUAGUCAAAUAUACUAUUUUACAGUGUAGAAUUCUUUUGAUAAGGAGAAUCAAUUUGUCAGGGUAAGGUAGCAUAUAUCCUUAAGUUUUGUAGGCCAAGUGGCAGUUGUUUAAACACCAUUCUGUAUGUUAGUUGUCACAUCGUAGCGCACAUCAUCAUUGCACCACAAACACCAUCAUCUAGUGGUCACAACAGGUACACCACCCUCUUGUGGUUACCACAAAUUCACCACCAUCUAGUGGUAACCAUGCAUACAACACCAUCUUUUGGUAACCAUGGAUACACCAUCUAGUGGCUACCAUAAAAAUGCUAUCUUAUAGUUACACUAUAAGAUACACCAUCACCUUGUGGUAACCAAGCGUGUACACCACCAUCUUGUGUGUGGUAACCAUGCAUACACCAUCAUCUUGUGGUAACCACGCAUACACCAUCAUCUUUUGGUCAUCAUACAAACACCAUCUAGUUUCCAUCACCUAAACACUAACAUCUUGUUAUCAUCGUAGAAGCAUCUGUCUUAAUUUAUAAUAUAUAAUCUGAUAUAUCAUUGCUGCAGACCCCCCUUUCCCAAAUGUCCGUUAUUGUGGUACCAUAAUCUAUGUCAUUUUAACAAAGCUUUCCUAGUGUGUAGUCCUUUUGGGGAGAUGGACACCCUGUGUCGGUCUAGCUAGUUUAUCAGAGGUCAAAUGACUUCAUGGUGAAUUCCUGCAAUUCGUGUACCUGGUGAAUUAAAACACAGAACUUUAACAUUUCUUUUGUUACCCUUUGUUUGUAGCAGGUGUUUCACAACUAGUGUGUACAUGUAUAGUGCGCCUCUUUAGAAAUGAAUUAGUUCUGUGCACGUUUUUAUGAUUAAUGCCAAAAGUAACAGGAAAUUUAUGAUCAGACCAUACAAUUACUGGUAUUGAAUUAUUUUUUAGAUUAUUUGUGUAUAAUGAUACCUCCCUAAUUAGAACAGUUUUGUUGAUGUCUAGUGGAACCUGUUUAAUCUGAUUACUUUUGUUCUUAACUCAUUCACCCCUGUUCACACAUUUGAACUCCUCCAAUUCAAAGGUUGGAACAGUUCAUCAUGACAUUUCAGGGGUGAAGGAGUUAAAAGGGGCCCUUACAGAUUAUGAGAUAGACUGGUCCAGAGUAUUGUAUGUCUUAGUAUUGCUAUAUUUACAGUGGGAACAUGACAAGGCUCACUUUGCAGUAGACUGUGCUUUUAAGAAGGUGUUAUUAUGGUAUAGAUGUAUGAAUUUUGUUAUUGAACUACCGGCAAUUUUGUUUCUCUCCCACCGAUAAAUUUUGACCCCUACUCUGUAAACUGUAGUGAGUUUGUUACAGAGGCUGAUUACUAUAGUUUAUAUAUGAUAUCAUUAAUUAAAAAUUUGUUGUUUUUGGGAUGAGAUCUCAUGUGUAUCUCUCCUAUACAAUGUCAUCUUAUCACUGCUGUUUUUUGUUGACUUAAAAGUAUCAAAGUAUUUACCGUGGUAUAUAGAAGAAGCUGUUGUGGCUUAGAGUUACUUCCCUUGGCAAAUUAUUCCUCCUUCAUUUUGAUACUAUGCAUUUACAAAUUAAAGGAUAGCAACAUUGGUAAAGAGUAUGAUCAACGUGGGAUUAGUCCCAAGUUUAACAUCAGGAAUGUCAAGAGGGUUUUUACAAAUGUUUUCAUUCAACCUGACGACACUAGUACUCUUUCUUUACCUUAAAUAUGUUUUAACUCAUUCACCCCUGAAAUUUCAUAAUGAACUAUUCCAACCUUUCCACUGGAAGAGUUCAAAUGAGUCGUCAGAGGUGAAUGAGUUAGAUGAUCAACGACAGGACGAAAGAACUACUUAACUGUGAUGUGAAUGAAAAAGUUUGAUUGUACUGUUUUGUUUUAUUAAAAUGUAAUCUUGAGUUUGACAAACUGAUCAAGGUAACAAUAAUACUGUAUAUUCAGGUAAAAAGCAUUACAAUGACUGUUCAGCUGUAAUGAAUUAUCUAUUGUACUUGAGAUAAAUCAAGGAAAAUUACUUUUAAUGAGGUUGUUCUUUUUGCUUUUGUAUGCAAACAAGGUGCUACGUUAAACAGUUCUUUUGGUUUAAAAUUAAUGUGUUUUAACACCAGAUUUUAUAUAAUUUACCAUGCUCUUCCAAAGGAAAUGUUUUUGUCCACUUUUUUUAUUUUCUUAUUUUAAAGAUCAAAUUUUACAAUCUUUAUAAAAUCAAAGUUAUUUGAUUACCUGUUGUAAUAUAUGUUGUAUAUUUACACGGUUGUGCAUUUAUUUAUAAACUUUUAUGAUGAUCAAUUAAAUUGUACAUAUAUACAAAGGUACGGUCAAAAAUGAAAAUGGCCCGAAUAUUUUAUGGCCCGAAUAUUUUAUUAAAGAUGUUAACAGAGAAAUGUCAGAAUUCUGUGAAAUGUUACGUCCGUAUAUCUUACGUAUAUCUUACGUCCGUAUAUCUUACGUCCGUACGUCCGUAUAUCUUACACCCUUAUUGUCAUUUCCUCACAGGACACUUGUUUUGAUAACAACCUGUUUUUACACGAUUCGUUUUUUUCUCUUGAAAGAUAUUAAUCAGCGUUUUUGUGCCAGUUUAUUAAAAUGGAAUUUUUAAAGGAUCUUAAUAUUUGAUUAAAUUUUUGUUGCCUGAGACACAUGGUAUUUGUAAUUUUAAAUUUACAGGUUGUGUAGUUAUUUUCUGAUCUGAGUGAAUCAUGUACAUUUUGUAGUUGUGAUGAUUUAGAACUUUUGCUUAACUUAGACUUUGCUGACUUGUUUCUCUUGAUGUGUAAAUUAUUGCAAUAUUUGUUUUCAUAGGAAAAUUGGAUGAAGGGAGAUAACCCUUUGUCUAUUUUCGAUUUGAUAAAGUUUCAAUUUGAUAUAGACUGUAAAGCUAGAAUAUAAAUGCUGUCAUGUUUAGAUUUUAAUCUUUGUUACAGUAUUAAUUCUAAGAAAAGCCAAGACAACUUUACCCAUCUCCUUCCUUCAUGAUAAAAGGAAUCUAAAUUGUCUAAAACGAUAUUAAAAAAAGGAAAAUAUCUGGCUUUGCGUUCAGGAGAAUAAUUUUAAGAAUGAUAUUUGAUUUGUUUUUCUUGACAGGACAGCCUCUUCCACAACUCAGCACUGGCUAUUAUAGAACUUAACUUAUUGUUAAUGCUAGCUGAGACUAACUACAAAAUAUCACAUUUUCUAUCUUCAUUCAUUUAUAAUUCUACCUUCGAAAUAUCAUUUGGUAAUUUUUCACACAAUGAACGAUUUAGUCAUUAAUGAAAAUGAGAAUGUAGCGAGAAGUUAAUCAUCAAAUCAAAAUAAAUCCUCAGCAUGUAGUGGCUACAACAUCUCUCGUGCUUUUGUACGGUGUAAGCCCGCAAUACUACGUCUUUAUUGUCUCCUGUGUGACUGUCACCAACCUUAGACCAAAGAAAUAAACGUCAUAUAAGCCAGA